GUAUACAGAGUACAGCUUGUGAGGAAGCUUUGGGCUUGCAAGCAAGCACAGCGUGACCAUUCCGAAUACUCUCUGGUUCGGGCGUCUGCCACAAGCACAGCGAUGAGGGUCCGGAGCGCCGUGAGGCGCAUAUGCCGGGACUGCUACGUGGUGAAGAAGAAGGGAGUCGUCUACAUCCGGUGCAAAUCGGUGAAGAAGCAUAAGCAGCGACAAGGUUUCCACACCGACGCGGGCGUGCCGGCGUGGCAGCAGCAAGAGGAAGGGCUGGGGCACUCACGCCGUCGCGGUUUCGGAGCGUUCGCCUGUAGCGAAAACGCACCCAAGUGUGACUCCGCCGCCGGCAGCUCUUGGAGACCUCCUCACCCUCUGGCGACGGGCGCGCCCGGGGUUCUGUCUAGCUUGCCAUGGCUACCCGCGUGGGCAUCGGUACGAGCUCCCGCCACCAGGAAGGACACCCAAGAAGUAGAAGUCUCCUCCGACUUGCACUCCGGGCUGGGCGCCCAGUCUGCUCGGCUGACAGCGGGCGGGAUUUCUCCCCUGACAACUCUUGGCGGUUGGAUGGGAUCGUCGAUUCUUGGCUUCAUGCGGAGGAGUGGACCGUAACGCUGUCGCGAUGUUGUGUUCGCCUCACGGCGGCCGGCUCGCUCGAUCUCACCAGUUUUGGAUCGUCGUCGCUGUUGUUGUUGUUUGGUGUGGUGCGUUGUUCAUACGUACCACAGCAGUUUUGCGGUGCUCAUCGGUCUCAUGGUCGGCGUUAGCGUGGGAGAUGACGGUGGCCGUGGCCAUGGUGUUGCUGAAUGCGCUGUGGGGGCAGAGGAGGAGCUGCCGUACUGUCGGUUGCCCGUAGAACGUUUGGUGGCUAAAUAGCGCGCGCGACGGCCCUUUGGCCGAACACAGCGAACAAUCAUGCAGGGGGAAAGACCGCUGCGGAAGAAGAAGCCCUCAGGGCACAAACCUUGCAGUUUUUUUGUCGUUUGUAGGCGAAUGUGUUCGCGUUUGUGUAUGGUUUGGUCUGGGUUUCGCUGGCGCUGGAUACGGUCCACCGUCAAAAUGCUGUCCGAGACGCAUGGUGCACAUUUGCAGGAGGGGGUACUACUUCUGCCGUGAUCGCCAUGUUGAAGGAUGAGUACGUCUCCCCUGCUUACGCCACUACCGUACUGCUGUGGAUGCUGGGACGCAGGAGUCGCCAGCCAUGUGUUUGCGUCUACACGCGAACCGUCUCGUUGGUGUAACUGAUCCAAAUACCGCCACAGGCAAACAUUGUGUUAUGUCGGUUCCCCCCACACGACAUACGUGUGUGCAAGGAUCGCCUUGGUCUGAGAUGCUAACCGCAACCUCACCUACCGCAGCGUUGUGUGCGUGCUCACCCCGCCUGGUCUGGACGUCAGUUUUACUCUUUCGUUGAUGUGAUAUCACACGCUUGGUCUCAAACGCGACGAGUUUUUU